AUGGACGAUCCAUCAUCGCGCAACCAGGACACUCUCUUCGGCCGUAACCGCCCCUCAUGGCACCCACAUAUUGCCUCCGCUCCGCGCCUCCAGACGCAGGCCACCUCUCAGGCAGCACCUUCAUCGCGCACAGCCCCUCUUUCCCUCCUUGGGGGCAAUGACGAGGACACGGACGGCCCAUCACGCAACUACUACACUCUUCGCUCAAGUGCCCACGCACACCGUCAACGGAUACGUCAUGUGCAUCAAGGCAGCUUCGCCUCGUGCCUUCAUUGCACGCACAGCCAGUGGGGCUUCGAGGCCCGCUUCACUCUGCUGCACCUCGCCUCCUCCCUCGCCUCCUCCCUCGCCUCCUCCCUCGCCUCCUCCCUCGCCUCCUCCCUCGCCUCCUCCCUCGCCUCCUCCCUCGCCUCCUCCCUCGCCUCCUCCCUCGCCUCCUCCCUCGCCUCCUCCCUCGCCUCCUCCCUCGCCUCCUCCCUCGCCACGUGGUGCCGCUCUCAUGGGUGCUUUGGCCCCGCCAGGCUCAUGCUCAGAACGCAGAUAUCAGCGUGGGCUGGCAACCUCCUGAAGGCCGGCAACCUCCUGAAGGCUGGCAACCUCCUGAAGGCCGGCAACCUCCUGAAGGCUGGUAACCUCCUGAAGGCUGGUAACCUCCUGAAGGCUGGUAACCUCCUGAAGGCUGGUAACCUCCUGAAGGCCGGCAACCUCCUGAAGGCUGGUAACCUCCUGAAGGCUGGUAACCUCCUGAAGGCUGGUAUCCUCCUGAAGGCUGGUAACCUCCUGAAGGCUGGUAACCUCCUGAAGGCUGAUAUCAGCGUGGGCCAGCAAUCUCCUGAAGGCACUUUUUUUGUGGUGGGCGCUCUUAACCUACACACCCUACCCUCCUUCUCCUCCCUACCCAUCUGCCGCUCCCCCACCGAGGUCAACCCACACACCCACGCCACGCGACUAUCAGCGUGGGCCAGCAAUCUGCUUAAGGCCGCACUGGGGCCGAAAGUAGAUGCUUACUUGAGCAAUCUGUUCAUGGCAGUGCUGCGGCCGGGAGCAGCGCCGCCAUUUAUACCGCCAGACAGGCUGACAACGCAGUGCCUGGAGAAUGCGGUGGUGCUGCACUGCAUUCUCCAGGCACCGCAGCGAGACACCGUCAACGCCAAUAUCAGCGUGCGCCAGCAAUCUACCUUUAAAGCAGUGCUGGGGCCGAAGGCAGCGCCGCCGGUCAAGCCACCGGACGGGGUCACACCGCAGUGCCUGGAGAACAGAGUGGUGCUAUGGCAGCGAGAUGGGAUGAUGCGCAUGCACGUAGCAAUGAAGGACGUGCUGUCGUGGAUGCGCAUGCACGUGGCAACGAAGGACGUGCUGUCGUGGAUGCGCAUGCACGUGGCAAUGAAGGACGUGCUGUCGUGGGCCUUCCUUCCUUCUUGUCUUCCAUCAGAUGCGGUAAUGAGAGGGGGAAAGAAGAGGAACAAGAGGGAGGGGGGAGUGCUGCCGUGGGUGAGCAAGCACCUGGAGACUCUGCGGCGGCAGCAGAAGGGAGGCGCGGAGGACGGCGAUCCGACCUUCUCAGAGCCCUGUGUGCACCGCAACCUGCUGUACUGA